AUGAAAGGCCUUGGACUGUAUGUAGGGGGUAUUCAAUCAUCCCUCGCUCCGAUAGACCUUACGGAGUUGGAUACAUUACUGGAACCCAUACCACGACGUCAAGCUCCUAAUAUAACGGAACCGGCUUGCGCUCGACAACGAUUAACAGCAGAACUAGAGUCGAACAAAUGCGACUAUUGCGAACAUCGCACGCCGUCGCCUCGAGGGGAGCGAGGUAGCAGUUCCGGUUACACUAGACCAAGUGAUGAGCAUGCGGAGAUCUACACGCAGCUUCGUGUCAGAUAG